GUGGGUCACGGGUCAUCCAGCCGCGACGGAACCGCAAAGGUUGUCCCAACUCCUACCAGUUUUAUGUGUAGGUGAGUGAGACCGUGAGAGGAAUUGCUGCAGCAAAACUGCUGCUAUUUUGAACUACUCUCCUCAAUUCUUCAACGUACAUACUUACCAUCCGCCGCGGCUUUCUUCAGUUCCAGAAAAAACAAAGGCCCCAAUGGACCCAUUAGGGCAUAGCAGAAGCCAAAAUGAAGUUGAAGGGGAUCUUCUGGAGGAAGGCCUAGAUGAGCUCCAAGUCGAGCAAAGGAUGAGGACGAAGAACAUAGUUUCUGUUAGCAGUCAAAAGAUGGAGCAGGAUGGAGGUGUCGACAGUUCCCCUACCACCAAGUCUACAAGCCAGAAGAGGAGAAGGAAGACGACAGAGAAGAAGAGUUUGUACGACAUUGACCACCGAGUUAAGGAUACUGUAAAGGGGAAAGCGAAUGAAAUUGAGGCCAGUCUCAAAAGAAAUGAUCCUACCUUGAUCACCACAAGUCCACAACCAAGCUCAUGUCGUGCACGGACCUCGCUCCUGGCGCCUUUAGCAUGAAACUACCGAAAAAGUUCUGCAAUGAGCAUAUGCCCGAGGGUAAAAAGUCGUUCUGGGUGAAAGUGGGAAAUGGGGAAGAUUUCCUUGUUGACUACAAUGGUGGUACUCGCGCAAUUAGUGGAGGGUGGAAAGCUUUCGCCUUUCAUCACAAAUUAGAGGUCGGAGAUGCUCUGGUUUUCCAACUCAUCCCUCCAUCCCAAUUCCAGGUUCACAUUGUGAGGGCAAAUGCCUCUAAGGAAGUGGCUAACGCCUCAGAGGAAGUGGAUGCUCAGCGCCUCCUGAAGUUGAAUGCUAUUCAGCAUGAGGCAAGCUCCUUAGCAGGAGGAACUGAAGAAAACAAUGACACCAAUGAUAGCUUACUGGACCACGAGGAAGAUCACAACCACAAUAAUGUGGGCAAUGAUGAUGGAGGUGGUAAUGGUUGGUUGGGGCCAGAUACGUGUUUUGAAAACCUAAGUGAUAGUAAUACAGACUUGACAGGACCUAUUGUUGAUGAUUUCGAACGGGUGAAACGCUUCCAAGACUUCAAAAUUGUGGCUAAUGGUUCAGUUAUCAAUGACAAAAUUUCUGAGCUCCAUCUAUCCAAAUACUAUAACCUGUGCCUUAGCCAGAGAUCUUUUCUGCACCGAGACCUUCUCGACGGGUUCAACAUCUGGACCAUUGCCGGAACGAUUAUUGACAUCUGUGACAUAGCAGAUGCCAACAGGUCAAUGUCGAAAGUAGUCCCGAAGAAAGAUUUGCAGACUUGGGGCAGCAAGUUGAAAGUAUAUGAGAAGAUGGGGUUGAAUGUUGGUUUCCUACUCGUUCGAUUGGGGAAGCUCGAGUUGCUUGCUGACAAGGCAAACGGGUACGAGAGGCUGAUGAAGGAGAGGGAUGGUAUGAAGGAGGAGCUGCAGAAUUUGGAGGAGCAAGUUGGGAGAGUGAAAGAAAAACUUGAACGGGUUGAGAAGGAGAUUGAUAAGCUAGGAGUUGUGGGUGGCGGUAGUAUUGACCGUGACUUCCAAGAGUUGGCAAAUGCGCCUUGGUGAUGGAAGAUUGUAGGGAGGAAGCUGGUAUCUUUUUGGGGCGUUUUGUAAAUGGACUGUGUAUGUCGCUUUGGGUCCAGGAUUUUGUGUAGUCUGGUAAGGAAGUUGUGCUAAGCUUAAAAUAGACUGUUAAUUUUGAGGAAGUGAAUACGUUUGGGGUACUUUCGUAGAUUGGAGUUCUUUGAAGAACUUGGCGGGCGUUUUGGUACUUUUUUUUUUUUUUUUUUUGUAAAUAGCAAUUUUGGUACUCUUUG